CUUUUUGUCUUUUUUUUCCUGUUGUUUUUCAGAGCUUUGGUGAAGGUGCACUGCACUCUAUGAAGUCACUGCUGCACAGCAGAAAAGAGUUAUGCAGUGUAUCAGCAGAAGAAUGUUUAAGUCGGGAAGAACAAGAUAACUUUAUUGAGAUUACAUUCAUAGGUUUUGCUGAAGAGAUGGGUACUGCUCAUUUGCAGGAGCUGUCAGCUGUUUCUGUAGAACUUCCAGAUGUUCUGAAAUCGCUUCAGUUGUGCAAACUAAAAGAAAAUGAGGUUAUUUUUCUAAAAGAUAUAAAGAAAACCUUGACAAAACCCUGUGUCAUGAAAAACCAGAACCAACUUCCUGAAGUGCUUUGUGUGAUGCGACUGGCUCCUUCAUUCCCAAAGAUCAAAGCGGACUAUGUAUUUACCUUGCUGAGCAAAUAUACCAUGGGUGUAAGACACACAGUUGAAAUAAACUCACUGCAAAAACGUCAAACAGAGACAUCCCGGGCAGAAGAUGAUGACACUAAUCAGUCGGUUUCAUCAAUUGAAGAUGAUUUUGUCACUGCUUUUGAGCAGUUAGAUGAAGAUGAGCCCUCAAAGAUGCAAAGUGUUGGGACAUGCAGCUCUACUUCUCGAAGCCAUCGAGAUGCCUCUUCACAGACCAUCCCUGGUCAGUGUUCGGAAGCUGUGGACUCGAAGAUCCGGUUGGGUUCUGGAUGUCAAAAGUCGUCAUCUGCUAGAUCUUCUGCUUUGUUUGAUGUGUUGAGACUUAAGGAACUGUCCUCAGUAAAAAAUUCAGUUACAACUUCAAUUUCUGAUCCUUGGAUACAAAGGAGUUUCUAUAAGCCAUAUAACCCUUCUGAUCAAGGUGUAAAUUUUUUAUGUAAAACGCUGUUUUCCUCCUCUCCAGCUGAAUCUUCUGAGUCGAAUUGUUCCAGCCCAAGCCCCAUUAUCUUCUUAGAUGAAGAAGGGUAUCAGAAAAGCUUGAAGGCAAAGCUUCAGCUGCCAAAAAUUCCAGUAGUGAAAGACGGUAUUGAGGAUUCAGACUCAGAAGUUAGUGAAUUUUUUGAUAGUUUUGAUCAGUUUGAUGAACUAGAACAAGCCCUAGAAAAAUCUGUUAAAGUUACUAGGGAUCCCAUCUUAGGGAGCCUCUCUCAGAAAAGGAGGACUGCCCAUGAACAUUUGUGUUCUGCUAACAUUACAAUGAAUCCUCAGAAAUUUAAGUUUGAUCGUCCUAUUCUUCCUGCCAAUGUAAAGAAACCAACUCCUCGUAAACCAGAAUCGCCAUAUAGCAGUGUCUUUGAUGUCCCAGAUUCCCCUCGCCCAGUUAAAACAUCAGGGGAAGAGAACGGAGGCUUGUUCAGCCCUAUUAGAUCGUCAGCGUUCAGCCCGCUAGGGGGCUGUGGUUCUUCUGAAUGUUUAUGUCGUAUCAGUCUUGGUGGAGAUGAGACAAGUCAAAACCACCAUGAUGCACUUUAUAAUACUUAUUCAGAAUAUGCUGAUAGUGUUUCAUUUGAGAUAUUGGGUUCUGUUUUUCAACCUGACUCUUCAUCAGAACUUGGAGGAAAUGAUUCCAGAUGCAACAGGAUCACUUUGAAAGAAGAAGAUGAUCAAGCUGCAGAUCUCAGAAAGAAAACUGGCAAGGAACCAGAUAAACAAGCAAAAUCUCAACAUAAGUCAUCAAUGAUUAGAGAGAGCAUUCAAAAAUUUGCAACUGACUUGGUUGAAAAAAGUUUGGGCAGUGCUUUUAAGGACCUGCAGAAAGGUGUUUCUUCAUGUACCAAUGCACUUUGUCAUUUGGCUGCUAGGUUGACAUCUUCAGUCUUUCAAAUGGCUUUCUAUGAAAUUGGAAGACGUAGAGCAAUCUCCCUGAAGGAGCGUGCUAUUAAUGGGCUAGCAAGCUUUUUGGUGAGUGAAGCUAUAACUGGUGCUUUGAAAGAACUGCGACAUGUAAAGAAACAAAUGUUUACCAAUACUGUUGCUAGAUUUGCGGCAGACCUUGCUGAAGAACUUGUGUUUGAAGGAAUCAUGGAAGUAUGUCAGUUUUCGUAUCCAUCGACUCCUACAGCUGCACAAGUUUCUUCAUUUUCUUAUGAAGAUAAAGUGGUAAGAUCCUAUGCCAGAGAUCUGUCUGAGUCUGUCAUUCAGGAGGCUUUUAUUGAACUAUCUCAGGUUGAUGUCACCUUCACAACGCAAGCGGCUAUUAGUGUUUCCAUGGACAAUGUUAAAUAUGUGAGUGCAGAAAGUAUGCUAGAAUCAACACGGACCUCCACGGUUCUUCCUAAUUUUAAUGAUAGGGUAGGGCAGAAUCCAAUCCAAGAUUGCAAGAAGGCAUAUACAGUACAUCAAGCUCUCUUUUGUACCUCUGGUGUUGUAAGUUCAAUAUCUGUUCCCUUAGCUGGAAGAGCUCUUUGUCAUUAUCAAGCUUCCUCUGAUACUUGUAAAGCAAAAGUAUGCACUGCUCCAAUUUCUGAUGACAGUAUGAAAGUAUACAAAGGCUGCAGUCAUCCAUUUUUUACAAGCAGAAAAAGAGAGGAGGAAAUAUCUUCUUUCAAGAAUAUAUACCUUACUUCAGAUCACAAUCAAAGUGUUGAAAAUAAUCCAUCACUCUUACAUAACCAGAAUGAUACUAAACAAACAAAUAACAGAUCUGGAAUGAGGAGUAACUCAGAAUUAAUAAAUGGGUCAAAAAACAUUAAUAGUUUCUCUGGAACUAUGGUAGAUAUGAUAGUAAAUGAAGCUUAUGAGGCCAUAUCCUCAUCUAAAGUAACAAAAGGAAUGGAAGAGUAUACAGACUUCUUAACAAGAAAAAUAGUAGAUAAGAAACCUUAUGUGCAAUAUAGCGGUGAAGAUUUCCCCAAGAAUGUGUUUGCAGAUAACCUGGCCAAAUAUAUCAUGAAACAAUCUGUGGAUGAAAGUAAAACUGUGUUACGCAACACUAGGGAAAAUUUAUCGUGCAAUGUGGGCUCACAGACUCAUGCAGAUAUCAGUGGAGGAGAGCAACGUGUAAUAAAGAAACAAGAGACAGAGAAACAAAAUAAUGUUUCCGUAAUUGUUGAACAACAGAUGCCUUUGAAUAAUCCAUGUAAAUUGCUUACUCCAACUAAUUCUGUUCAGUGUUUUUCAGAAUCUAGAGAUUGUUGGCAGGAACAAAAAGGAUACCGAUGUUCUUCAAAAUCACCAUCACCUUGCUCCACUGUGACUUUAGCUAGGCGUGUUCUAGAGGAUGUGACUGACGCAGGAAGCUGCUCGAUGACUUACUUAAACAAGCCCUCAAAAAAACAUGAUAGUCAAAAAUCAUCAUCAGGACCUUUGACUUACAGGCAAGCUGAUUGUUUUCUGCACGCAAAUAGCUUUUCUUCAGUGAUGUCUGGCAGUGAAGAUGCUUUGCAGAUGGUUGAUAAAUCAAGUAUCAAAGAUGGAAAUAACAGUUUAACACCUGACACUCCCCCACCAACUCCUUUAGUACCAUGUCAAGCUAGUUCUGAAAGAAACCUAAGAAAACUGUCUAAGAAACUCAAGGGAGAAUUAGCAAAGGAAUUUGCACCUGCAACACCACCAUCUACACCUUACAGUCCAUCUGUUACAGGUUCAUCUGAAAUUGAACGUGACUCUUUGGAAAAUGAGGAAUUCAUGCUGAAACUCAUGCGAUCUCUUUCUGAAGAAGUUGAAAGUAGUGAAGAUGAAGAUCACUCUGAAAUGAUCAUUGAGAAAGAAGAACGUUCAGAAAAAACUGUUCAGUAUGCAGAUUACUUAGCUAGUCGUAUAGUUUCAAUAGCAACUGAAAUGGCAGCUUCCCAUUUAGAUGCUAAAACAAAUGAAAGAGAAGCUGAUAGACAGGUUCAGUUGAGUAUGCAAAACAAAAGCUGUGGAUAUACUGCAUCUGUAAGUACCCCAGAAGAGACAUGCAGUUCUUUAUGGAAUUACGCAGGUGAUAUGGCAGGAAAAGUCAUCAGUGAAGCCAAGAAAAUGGUGAAAUCAAGGCACUGUAAACUGUUAAAGUUGAAACGUGUUAACUGCCAAGUGGAUUGCCUUUAUCUCAGAAAAGGUGAUAAGGAUCAUAGUUCAAAGGAGGAAUGUGGCCAAGUGCAGGACCAGUGUCCUAGUGAGAGAGAUUCAUCUGUACUUUCUUUACCACAAGGUCCAGACAUGAUAGGUUUGACAUCUAAGUACCCUAGCUGUGAAAGUGUGACUGAUGAAUAUGCAGAUCAUCUGAUUCAUGUUUUGAAAAGAGAAGGUGGUAAUGCCGAACUGUUAAUGGAUCAGUAUGCCAGCAGGCUUGCUUACAGGUCUAUCAAAUCAGGCCUACGGCAAGCUGCUAGGAAAACUAAAUUGAGAUGCAACAGGAAGAUAUUUCCUGGGCAAAGCACACCGGUGAAUGGCAAACUAGAACUUAUCAAAACAAUGAAUAAAGAUGCAGUACAGCAAGUGAAAAGUGGCAUUCAUCACUGUGCAGACCAACCUCAUGAAAGAAGUAUCAGCAUGCGGAGAACAGAAUGCAUGGAAUUGUUGCACUUUUCAGAAUCUCUUGCUUGCAGCAUAACGCAUGAUGUCAGAAAGAAGUUGAAACUAUCAGGAGCCUGUUUGCCAAAAUCUCUGACAGAUUCCUGUCUAUAUAAAAAGACUGAAUUUGAGGAAAUUGCAGGGGAUCUUAUUAAAACAAGAUUUCCUAGGACACUUCUACCUUUUUCCCCAAAUCAUAAACUGUAUCAUAGCACGGGCAGUUUGAAUGAAAAUGGUUACAGUGAAAGCAUAAUUCAAGCUAUAGAACAGUACGCUAGAAAAGUAGCAGAUGAUACUCUAGAAAUGGGUUUAGAAUCUGCUGGUCUCCAGGUUGCUGAAAACAGGAAAAAUGGGGAUAGGCUUUCAUAUACUGAGAAACUGUCUCCUUUUUCUGGAACUGUCUGUAGAUGCUGCAGUAUGAAGGAACAUCAGUACUGUACAGAAAGCGUAUCUCAUCACUUACCUCUACAAGAUUCCUCUAUUCCAGUGAGGCAUUUUCUUCAUUCUAAGUUGGACAGUGUCUGCCAAAAACCAAGAGUCUUUCAGCUUGAUAUUCCUAAAAUUCAUGUUGAUGUAGAACAGAAGACAAUGUUCUCUGAUAAGGUGGUUGCUGCAUCUGUCGAAAAAGCAGAGGGAGAGCUGAGUUAUGCAAGUGUGGCAGCUGACAGUGGUAUUGGACAAGAUGGAGUCAGUUUUGCUGAAAGCCUUACUACUGAAAUAAUGACAUCAGCUAUGACUAAUAUCAGUCAGGCAGUUAACAUAAGCACUGUUGGAAGAGAAGGAUUUCACUCUGUUGAAUCUGUUGUUAGCCAGCAGAUGAGCCUUAGUAUUGGUGAUGAUAGCACUGGCAGCUGGUCAAAUCUAAGUUUCGAAGAUGAACAUCCUGAUGAGAGCAGCAGUUUUCUUCAUCUCAGUGACAGUGAUGGAACAGAAGACAAAGAUGAGGAUUCCAAGGAUGCUGUAGAAGGUUUGGAGCAAGUAAAAAAGACUUUAGCCAUAUUAAAUAUUGACCUGGAACCAAAUCUAGUGGACCCCCAGCUCAGAGCAGCACUCCAGUGGCUAGCAGCUUCUGAAACAGAGGUGUCUGAUCUGCACUUUCACGACACUGCUACAAGGGAAUUUGUCUUACUUUCCAGAAGACUGCGUGAAAGAGAUUGGAAAGUGGGAGAUCUCUUGCAAGCAGUGUUGAAGUACUGUGAAAUGCUAGAGAAGGCAUUCGAUGGAGAACAAGCCCUUAAUAAGUCUUUGGUUGGGUGGCUUCUGGAUAAUGUCUGAAAAAGUCCAAAGAUGCACCGCUCUUCGCUUCAUUCCUCUUUCAAAAGGAGAUAGGAAGAACGUAGAUAAAUAAUGUAAAAUUCAAUUAAUGAAUGUUCAAGUAAUUGUCAGCAUUUAAAAGAUUGAGAUGAAAGUCAAAGUAUCUGUGCUGUGCUUUGUGAUACUGUGCACAUGGUUUGUCUGUUCAAUCCAUAGUCAGCAUUGUCCACCCAUGCAUAACCUGUAUUUACUGCUGUGUUCAGACCGUUGAGAUAGUUAUAAAAAAGUACCUUGUCUAUGACAGUAGUUCAGAGGAGGCAGUCUCAGGCAUGAUAUUGAAGAUUCCCACUGCACCAGGAUUGCUCUUUCCCAUUUGUGCCUGUUCUGUAUUCACGGUGGGACUAUGAACACUUACAUUCUGAAAAAACCUCUUCUCAUAGUCUGCAGCAGGAUUUUCCAGAAGAAUUAUCAGUCUUGGCCAAGUGUUAGGUGCACAAGGGCAGAAAUACCAGGAGGAAAAUGGACUUGCCCAGGCAGACCUUUAGUGUAGUCUGCUUUCAUAGCUGCCUUUCUCAAUUUGAAUUUUCAAAGAUGUGGGAGUCUGCUCUGAAAUUGAGGUGCAAAUACCUCAUAUUAUAGAGCUGGUAAGUUCUGGUAGAAGGACAGACUGAGCAGCUGAGCAUAACUUCUUAAAAACAAAGCAAAGUUUCUUGAAGUUCGCCAGUCAAGUUUAAAUUGCUAAAUUUCGUACUGAAGUUUCUUGUACCAAAAAACUUUUAACGUUGAUUUUAUGUCUGAAGAAUUUGUAUGUUAGUCUUUGUUAUGGUUUAAUCCCAGUAGCAACUCAGCUCCACACAGCUGCUUGCUCACUGCCCCUCCCAGUGUGAUGGCAAAGAAACUUGGAAAGGUGAAAGUGUUAAGAACUCAUGGCUUGAGAUAAAGACAGCUGCAGCAAAAGCUACCCUUGCAAGCAAAGCAAAAUCAGAGCUCCCUCAUAUGUAAUGGGUGCUUGGGAAGAUAGCUGCCAUGACUCCAAAUGCCACCCUCCCUGUCAUUCCAUCUUCUAUUGCUGAGCAUAACACCACAUGAUGUGGAAUAUCUCUGGUUAAUGUGUCAGAUGGCCUGGCUAUGUCCCUGAUCAGCAUCUUGUGCCCCUUAGCUCCUUGCUGGCAGGUUGUCUUGAGAAAAUGAAAUGACCACAGCUCUGUAAGCACUGCUCUGCAGCAACUAAAAUAUCAAUGUGUUAUCAAUAUUAUUUUCAUCACAAGUCCAAAACAUAGCACCAUAUAAACCUCUGUGAAGAAAAUUAACUCAAGCCAAAGCUGGGAGAGUCUCACAUACAAAGUAGUAAAUGGAAUCUUUUUUUAUCUGAGAAUUGUGGCCAUCUUUUGACCAGUCUAAUUCUUUACUUCUUACCUUCCCUACAUGAGUUUUCUUUUCAGUGAUAAAGAGAAUUUUGUUACUUGCUGAGCACUUAAGUGUUAGCAAGGAAAACUAAUUAAAAUAUAAAAGAGAAACUUAUUGCAAAUUGAUUUUUCAUUUUUCUUAACUACCUUUGCUAAAUAUUUUUUAAAGGCACUUUUAAUCAAGUCUUUUUAGCAAUCUAAUCAUGUUUCUUACCAGUACUGCUGACUUGCCUUUUUGUCUGAAGGAGAGUCUGGAUCCUUACAUAUCCUGUCGUUUGAGAAUGCUUUGGGGGUUUGCUUUUUUUUU